UCCUCUUCUCGGUUUGCGCAGUCCCUACCUAUCUUCGCCAUUUCACCAUCUCCAUUCUGCGCCAUCCAUUUCAUCUUUUCUGUCUUUUCCAACCCGCGGUUUCUUGUCGCCGAGACCCAGUGAUUGUGCCUGGGAUAACUGCGCAGUGCGUGCCGCAGCACCCGGACCGCGUCUCCUUGGAACCAGGACAAAUCCCAGGAAAAACCCCAGGACCCAACCUUCAUCAUGACGGAGCCGGAGAACUUUGAGGAGGACCUCUUUGCCGACCUUUACGAGGACAACGAUGCUUCCAAGGCCGCGCCUCCCCCCAAGGCCGCAGCCCCAGCCAUUCCGGAACCUCAACCCAUCCACCCCGGCGCUAAUGACCAGCCCGGGACGUCGUACGACCAUGAUAUAGGAGGCGAUGAAAACAUGAAUCAAGAUCUGGACGAUGAUGACGAUGAUGUCGAUUUCAACCUUGGUGGAGGAGGUAUGAGUAACAGUAUGAACCAUGCUUCUGCUCCAGAAGACGUCCCGACGCCCCCUCCUUACGGGACGGUCCACAAGGCAAGUGCCAAAGAAGACGGUAAAAUGUUUAUUGGCGGCCUGAACUGGGAAACUACCGAUCAAUCCCUACGCGACUACUUUUCCCAAUUUGGCGAGGUCGUCGAGUGCACCGUCAUGCGAGACAACAGCACUGGAAGGUCACGAGGCUUUGGCUUCCUUACUUUCAAGGACGCUAAGACGGUCAAUAUUGUCAUGGUCAAGGAGCACUUCCUUGAUGGCAAGAUUAUCGACCCCAAACGAGCCAUCCCUCGUGAUGAGCAAGAGAAGACCAGCAAGAUUUUUGUUGGUGGCGUUAGCCAAGAGACCACGGAUCAAGAGUUCAAGGACUACUUUGCUCAAUUCGGCCGGGUGGUCGAUGCCACUCUGAUGAUGGACAAGGAUACCGGCCGACCACGAGGAUUUGGGUUCGUCACCUUUGAGAGUGAGGCUGGCGUCGACGCCUGCAUCAACGUGCCCCUUGAGAUCCACGGCAAGCCCAUCGAGGUCAAGAAGGCACAACCUAGAGGUAACCUUCGAGAGGAGGAAGAGGCUUCGAGGCGCGGGAAGUUUAGAAAGGGCGAUGAGCAGUCGACCCAGAACUCCAUGGGCCAGCAGAUGGCCGGCAACAAUGGCAUGACGCCCCAGGUCAUGGCUCAGUACUUCCAGCGGAUGCAGCAGUACUUCGCCGUGAUGCAGUCCCAGAUGGCCAUGAGCCGGGGCAUGCCCAUGAACCCAGCCAUGUGGCAGAAUAUGAUGCAGAUGCAGCAAAUGCAGCAGAUGAUGGGACGAGGCGGUGCUGGUGCCAAUGGCCAGAACAUGACGCCCCAGAUGAUGCAACAAAUGCAGCAGAUGCAACAGAUGCAACAGCAGAUGAUGCAACAACAGGGUCAACAGGGCGACCAAGGCAACGCCGCCGGUGGUGGUGGAGGCGGCGGCGGCCGAGGUUUUAACAACUACGACCAGUAUCAACAGCAGCCCCAGGGUCGCCGAGGCGGUCGAGGCGGCGGCGGCGGAGGUUACGGGGGUCAGGGAGGAUACGGCAUGGGCGGAGGCGGAGGUAACGGAGGCGGGGCCGGAGGUGGCGGCGGAGCUCCGACCUCGUGGGAGGGCAUGUAUGAUGACGUUCCCCAACCCAACCCCAGCCAGGGCUCCGGGAGCUUUCGAGGUAGUGCCCAGGGCUCUCCCGAUCCGCAACACGCACCUCCGGCCAACGCGCCUACCGGACCCAAGAACGCCGGCAAGCCGGGCGCCAACUACCGCGGCGGCGGCCGUGGAGGCAGCCGUGGCUUCCACCCCUACUCCCGAUAAGCGCGGCGGCCAUGGAAACGACAACGCCGCUGAAUUUGCGCGCGUGAUGGAGGCGCUGGCGGCUUACACGUCGCCCCCCAGGUCCUUGCAGAGGACGAACGGCUUCGCUCAUGAGGGGUGACGCGAAGGACGGAGGGCGGAGGGAAACAGGCACUUCUGUAUUACUACUUACUGCAAUCGGCACUUUCUCUAUUUGGCACCUUUGGCUCUUUGUUUUUGCCAGGCCCAGGGCUUCGGGUCUUCUUGCUACGGCCGGCUUGGGCAGGCAUGCACGGGAGGGGGAGAAAGGGGCAGCAAAAAGCGGCGCGGGUGCGAAGCGCUUAGGGGUUGGGAAGCGAAGUAAUUUGAGCAAUCCGAUUCAGACCAUAAAUAUUACUUGCGGUAUUUACCACCUUGGCGUCACAUGUGCAUCGCGUGUAGGAACUUGU